GGCCCAGAACAUGCCGUCAUCUCCGGCUCGGCUCGGAGAUCGCCCCGGAGUCUGCUGCGGGUGCGGCGUUCCUUCGUUCCUGACCGUUUCUUAUUCGCUCCCCUCGCCUCGCUUUCCCGAACGAUCCUUCUCGUUCUGCUCGUGCAGAACACACUUAUCCUUAUCCUUAUACUGUCGGUGCCGACUGGUUCUCCAGACUUGCGCGAAGCUGCGCCAAAACAUCCUCAGGGGAUCCUUGUAGGUGGAGCGCGCCGUACGAUGACAUCGUACAUCUCCAUUCCUAUACCCACCGCCGUCGUCCUCUCCACGGUCAACUCUUUUCUCGCGCCUCCGGGUCCCUCCUCGUCCUUCCGUUUCGAGGCGGCGAUAGUCGCCCUCUGCAUCAUCCUCUUCAUCGGACUCAUUGGCGCUCUCCAAUGCAUGCACAACUCGUGGAGGCAAGCUCGUCAGCGACGGCAUUUCUCGGAGGACCUCGAACGCCAGCGUCUGAUGCACGAAUAUCUGUGCUUGGAACGGCAGGCGGACGCAUGGAAGGACGCGCCGUGCCCGCCCUACGAACCGUCUCCGCCUGCAUACCUCGCUGAAGCCCCCGAGUCAUGGACGUCUAGCAGACCAGUCGAGUUACUUCACUGAGUCGUAUUCCCUGUACAUUCUUGUAUUCGUAUCCUGCAUGUAAUCGUAGACAAAUUCGUUAUUUGGGUCCUCAUAGUUUUCUGCCUGACAUCCCCCGACCGUCGACCGCGGUCGUCAGCGGCCUCGUCUCGGUGAUCUUCCCCGCGGGUCGGUGCAUUGUAUCUGGGGAGAACACCACGAAGUCGGGUCGCUUCCCCAGUUCUAUCGAUUCCGUGUCGGAUUCAGAGAUGGUUGCAUAGGCUGAGUCGUUAGUCAUGCCUUUGGGACAAGCUUGUGUCAAUCAUUUCAGUUCGAGUUGGCUGGCUGUGCACCUACCCCGAAGCGCCUGGAUCCGUGUUCGUAUUUGCUUUGGAAUCCUGUUGGUUAUUCAGACUGAGCACUUCCUCAAUAUUCCAGACCGUCACUGACCAUCCUUUGCUCUUGCGGGGGGACGUCUCCUUCACCGCGAGACGCGUAACGGUAGCGUAAUAUCCCAUCAUCGGGUCCAUGAUUUUGAACUGAGAAGAAUCUGAGCCAGGGUGAUCUGAGUGGCGAAGUCGAGCCCAAGUCAGAAGGCAUAUAAAGCUUUCACUCGUCCCCGGGCCCUGGAAACAGCGAUUCAGCACGUGGCGGCAUCCCCUGUACGUGCCCAUGCUAGACGAUCCUGUGCAUUCUCCAUGUCACCCAUCCUGGUUGGAUUUCGAUCAGUCGAGACCCUCCGGCUCAGCUCCAGAUAAGCCCCGCACGCGUGACUGCAUUGGACACUGGAAAUUACUGAAAUCUGUGCGUGAGCAUCGGAUGCAGUCCAAGUCAUAUGAUCGCUUACCGCCCAAUGUGCCCAGUCUUCCCAUAUCGGCUGGGGUCAUUAACAGUGCGUGCAAGAGCCUAGGCUGAGCCGCAGACAUAUUAACGCCCUGGAGCGAAGCCGUAAAUGCAUCGAGGACGCCACCGUGGACACGAUCUCCGAUUGCGUGAAUGUCGACUUGCCAACUGUCCUUCAGGAUUUUUCAAAUGACAGCGAAGGACACCUGAGGCUCUAGGCGAAGGAGACCGGAAGUGUUCGGAUUGAGCCCGAAUAGCUCGUACAGCGGCAAAUUCAAAUUAGUUGGAGUGCUGUGAUUGACUGCGGGGGAGAUCGACCGCGAAGCCACCUGAGGAAUGCAAGUUUGAAGGCACCAGAGAUCUUUCUGCAGUGGAGACAUGCCAUCUGCAAAUAUGUGGACACUUCUCGCAGUCAACUGCCCAUUUCCCAGUCCCACG